AUGGCAAGGCGGUUAAGCAGCCCGCAAUUGUCUAAAGUCGUGUCGUCAUUGAACGAUAUUGCCAGACCACUGAAGCGCUGUUGUAUGUUUUGGCUGGACGGGGGUGAUCUAUGCGAGGUUGGGUUAGCAACUGAGGUACCUGGCGACUCCGAGACUCGAAGCUUUCGUGUAGCAAUCGCCAGGCAAAUGGCACUGUCAGUAAUGUGUGUCCCGUCACCGGGCUUCGAUUGGUCGUUUUCGCUCAGAGUUCGUCCUCUCGCCAGCCGAUUGGUCGGCGACGUCGCCGUGGCGACGUACGUAACGCAAAUGCGCCGCAUGUUCAAUGUCAUAUGUCGCACGGUCCGAACGUACGUCGUUGUGGUGCUCCUGCUGUUAUGUUACGGUUCUGAGUGUCGCCGGCCAUCGAGGUCAAAACCUGCAACAGCAUUGCAGCUCGCAUCUCUUCGUGUGUUCCCACCCACCGUUUGUUUCUUGUCCAAGUCUAAGUCCUGUUGUUCGCCGUGCCGUUCUUGUAUUGCUUGA